AUGGAAGAUGAGAAAGGGAAAGGAGGCAGAACAGUUUAUGAGCAGUUCAAAUCGAAGAGAGGCAGCCUGGCUAUGGAUAAUUCUGUUGUGGGGGAUGCAGGAGGAACACGGUUGAAAAGAAGAUGGAAGCCUUCAGAGAAGGGGCUGGAGUUGCAGGCCGAGAAGGUUAAGAAACCCCUACAGAAGGUAAAACCUGGUAAAUCAUCGAGAAAUAAAAGCAAAUCUGUAGUAGAAGAUGAAACUGAUAUUUAUGAAUUUGCUGGUGAUGUUAGUAAUGGGUACCAUUAG